UUAAAGAUGCAGACAUUGAACCGAAUCAAAUGUCGUGUUAACUAGAACCCGAACCAUUGCCCUUCAUUAAAACACAUGCAAAGUCACCCCGUCCACAUAGCACCCGUAGACAGCGUCGAAUGCUUCCACUGGGACUACUGGGACUACUGGGAAGGACUACUGGGACUACUGGGAAGUGACGCCUGGUGGAGGAGACAGAAGGAAAAAAGUUUGAGGGGGGGUGCUGUGUUCUCUAGCUAACGUGAACGUUAAAGUGAGCAGGGAAGUGGAUUUUACCAGGUUAAGGUGGAUUGUACCGGCGAAUGGCGUGAAGGGUCGGCGACGUGCAAUGAUUCGGCUUGUUAAACGGGUGUCGCCCCUGAAUGACAACACAUGGAUCCCAUCAGCACGGCCCUCCACAGGUCAGAGGUCAGCGGGUAGUCUUCAAAGAGCCAGCCAGCGGCGGUCCUUCUGAGUCGACCCCCACCGGGCCAUCCGAAGGGGGGGGGGAGGUCGCACUCUGACCUUCAGAGGGAGUCAACCCCACCUGUGGGAAUACCCCACGAGCACUUUUUAAAAUAUAUCGCUAUUCUUUCUGCGUGAGUUAUUCCUUUUUUGUGCAGCGCAAGAAGACACAGGGAGGAUAUUAAGACGUGGUUAUUACCGUCGUCUCAGGGGUUGUUUUGUUGACACACACGCCCCCCUGCACACCCAACACCCCGCCGCUGAAGUCCCCCCCCCCCCCCCCCGCCCACCCUGGUUCCUGCAUGCCCGCCAUGAGUGUGCCGGUCCAGCAGAAAGCCAGCAGCACCAAGAGAACCGGCAAGCGCAUCACGUUCUUCAGCGACCAGGGCCCGGGCAUGAAGGAGGCCUCCCAGCUCCCAGAGGGAACCUCCUACUACAGCCUGACGGGCCGGGACCCCGCGCCCCCCCAGGGCCCGGACGCCCCCGCCGGCAACGCCGUCCCCGCCAACGUCCCCGCCAACGUCUCCUCCGGCGCCGCGGCCGAGGUCCCGGCCCACAUGUACCUGAGCUCGGUGAUCUUCAGCCCGGAGAAGGGCUCGGACCAGAGCCGGGGCCACUACCAGCAGACGCUCCCCAUGAAGUGGUCCCACCAGGACGCCGGCCCCCUGCAGCAGCAGCCCCCCCAACCGCCCCCCCCCUCCGCCCCGCCACAGCCCCAGCUGCAGCGGGCGGUGGCCUGGUCCACCAUGGCCAACUGGGGCCCCAACCUGGCCAACUACCUGGGGGGCGGGGCGGAGGCACGCCCCCAGGGGCCCGCCGCCAAGACCGCCGUGCACGAGCCCCCCCCGGGCCUGCAGCCGCCCCCGCCCGCCAGCAGGGCGAUGGACAAGCCCCCCAUGGGGGCCAACCCCCCCGCCGAGGCCUACAGGGAGGCGUCUAAGGCCCGGGGGCUGGACUGGGAGCAGCAGUACCACCCCCAGGCCCAACACCAGGCCCCGGCCCUGGUCCACCUCCAGGGCCAGGCCCAGACUCAAGCCCUGCCCCAGGUCCAGGCUCUGCCCCAGGCCCAACCACAAGCCUUCCCACCGCCCCUCAAACCGGGGGCGCUGAACCCCCCGCAGCACGGUGGCCCCCAGCCCGGCGGCGGCAGCGGCGGCGGCGGCGGCGGCGGCGGCGGCGGCGGCUGCAGCUCGGUGCUGCAGCCCUUCCAGCUGGCCUUCGGUCAGCCCAAGCAGCACCUGGCCGGCUACUACCACACCUUCCCCCCGGGGGUUCGGACCACCCUGCCCAACCUCAACUACUCCACGCAGGGCAAACCGCCGCAUCAGCUGCAGCCCCUCCAACCGCAGAACCAGGAACAGGCAUGUCAACAACAACAACAACAACAACAACAACAACAGCACCAACACAUCCUCCAGCAGCUGCAGCAGCAGCAGCAGCAGCAGCAGCAGAUCCUUCAGCGGCAGAAGCAGCUGCAACACAUGCAGCAGCAGCAGCAGGAGCAGCAGCAGCAGCAGCAGCAGCAGCACAGCAUCCAACAGCAAAUGCAACAUCAGCAGUUGCAGCAGCAGCAGCAACAACAACAAAACCCUUGCGCGCACGACUAUUACAGCAGCGCUCAGAGCGCCCGCCCCCUGCCCCACCCUGCCCCAGCCCCCCGCGGCGGUGGUCCACUCCCAGGAGCCUCUACCCGAACGCUCCCCGAGAACCAGGAGCCACUCAUACAGGACAUCACCCCGGAGCCCCAGCAGUCCCCGCUGUCGGAGCCUUCGCUCCAGCCCCGGUCCCAGGCCCAGACCCAGGCCCACAUCCAGGCCCAGACCCAGGCCCACAUCCAGGUCCAGACCCAGGCCCAGACCCACAUCCAGGUCCAGACCCAGGCCCAGACCCACAUCCAGGUCCAGACCCAGGCCCAGACCCAGUCCCACCAGCCCCCCUCCCUCCAAGCCCAGACCCAGUCCCACCAGCCCCCCUCCCUCCAGGCCCAGACCCAGUCCUACCAGCCCCCCUCCCUCCAGCCCCCCUCCCUCCAGGCCCAGCCUCGCCGGUCCCGCAGGCUCUCCAAGGAAGGGGGCGCCCCGUCGGACCCCAACCCCUUCCUGUCGACGUCGGAGCAGCAGCCGGGCCAGGCCCCGCCCCCGCCGGCCCAGGGCUCGCAGAACGGGCGCUCGCCCCCCUGCCUGCAGGCGGCCCCCACCGGGGUGAUCCAGAGCACGCGCAGGAAGCGUCGCGUGUCGCAGGAAGUCAACCUGGAGACGCUGGCGCAGAAGGCCUCGGAGAUGGAGUCCCUGCCGCCACACAUCGUCAAGGAGCCCCCCCGGCCCUGGAGCCCGGCGGAGGCCUCGGGGGUCCCGGGGGCGGGCCCCGACGGCCGGCGGCCCCGGGACGACAGCCUGCUGCCGCUGGUCAUCCCCGUCUCGGUCCCCGUCCGCCGGGCGGAGCCGGGCCCGCGGUCCUCGUCCUCCUCCCCCGAGCGGGACGGCGGGACGGGCCCCGGCUGCGUCUGGGGGCCCGGCCGGCCCGGCGGGGGUCCUCAGGAGGGCGGGGGCCCCGCGGACCACAAGCCCUCGGUCAUCGUCACGCGGCGACGGUCGCUACGGAACUCGCCGUCGGAGAGCUCGGGACAGAACGGCGGCGGCGGCGGGGAGGGCGAGCGCGACGACGACGACGGCGGCGGCGUGAAGGCCAAGUCGAAGCGGAGGCCGCGCCCCGAGCCGCUCUUCAUCCCGCCGCCCAAGCCGGGGCUGUUCGCGGUGCCGCCGUGCUACGCCUCGCUCACGCCGUACCAGAGCCACCUGCGGUCGCCCGUGCGGCUGGCGGACCACCCGCUGGCCUUCCCGCCCUACACGCCGCCGCCCAUCCUCAGCCCCGUGCGCGAGGGCUCCGGCCUCUACUUCUCCACCUUCCUGUCCGCCGCCGCCGGGGUCUCCGUGGCGACGGGCGGCGGCCAGGGGCUGCUGAUGCCCACCACGCCCAAGACCGCCACGCGGAGCCUGCUGCGCUCCAACAGCUGUGACAUCACGCCGCCCGUCCUGUCGGCCAUGAGCGAGGUGACCCCGGUUAGCAUCGAGCCACGUAUCAACAUCGGGUCGCGCUACCAGGCGGAGGUCCCAGAGCUGAGGCAGAGGGCGGCCGUCCAGCUGGACCCCAACCGGGCGGAUCUGGUCUGUGCUCCUCUCUGCCUGCUGGACGCACAGCCCGACUUCCACAAGAAAGUCGAGGACCUCAUGCACCUGGCGUGCUCCAGCGUCGUCCCCGGUGGGGGGACCAAUCAGGAGCUGGCCCUGCACUGCCUGUACCAGGUCAACGGCGACAUCAUGGCCGCCGUGUCCCUGCUGAUGCUGAGCAGCCCGCUGUUCCCCAAGGCGCACCCCCUCUCCGACUACCACUACUCAGGUUCAGACAGCUGGACGGCCGCGGAGAGACACCAGUUCAACAGGGGCAUCGCCGCGCACAAGAAGGACUUCUUCAUGGUGCAGAAGCUGGUGGUCUCCAAGACGGUGGCCCAGUGUGUGGAGUACUACUACACCUACAAGAAGCACGUGAAGAUCGGCCGCAACGGGACGCUGCUGUACGGGGAGGCGGGGCUUAACGAGGGCCGGGCCAAUGAGGCGGAGCUGGACAACAAGGGGUCCCGAGCGCCGGAGUCCCGGAAGGACGAGGACAACAGGAAGUGGGAGGGGUCUGAGGACAGGAAGCGGGAGCUCAGCCCGCCCCGGCUCACGCACCACGCGCUGUCAGCCUCCGAUAACGCCCGAGCGGUUCUGGUCCUGAAGGGGCAGGAGGGAGACCACCCCCUCCAGCACCCCUCCCUCUCCCGGGCGGUCCCCCCGCCUCACCCCGCCCCCCCGCCGCCAAGCUCCGCCCCCUCCAAGCCACGCUACGACGCCGGCGGACGCAAGGCGGCGGCGCCGGCCGCGGUCAAGGUCCCGCCCAAUCCGGAAGGAGAGUUCCCCUGCAAGAAAUGCGGCAGGGUGUUCUACAAGGUGAAGAGCCGCAGCGCCCACAUGAAGAGCCACGCGGAGCAGGAGAAGAAGGCGGCCGCCCUGCGGCUGCGGGAGGCGGAGGAGCGCGCCGCCGCCGCCCACAGCGCCGCCCUGCUGGCCGCCCGGCAGCACAACGGCACGCGGCCGGCGGGGGCCGGGGGCCGCGACAGCAGCGGCGAGGACUCCAGCGGCGGCGAGGACGAGGACGACGGGGCCGACGUGGACUGGCAGUGAGGUGAACCGGGGGGGGGGGGGGGGGAGACACACGCACGAACAGACGCACACGCGGGACAACACAGGACUCAUGGGUGGGGGGGGGGGGGGUCUUAUUUCCGACGGCCCCUCCUCCCACGGCCACCUGAUCAGGGACAGGUUUACCCCCCCCCACCA